AUGAAUGUGCUUGGUGUAUGCACUCCUGAUUUGGAGUUCAUGCAUUGCUUGUCGGGUUCGGAGGGUUAUGCCCAUGAUGCAAGGGUUCUUCGAGAUGCCCUUACUAGGCCUAACAGCCUUAGUGUGCCUGAAGGGUGUUACUAUUUGUGUGAUGGUGGCUAUGUGAAUAGUACUGGGUUCUUAACCCCUUAUCGUGGGCAGAAAUACCAUCUUAACGAGUGA